GUAUAAUAGUAAAUACAACAUUUUCCCAUCCUAUAAUCCACAGAGGAAGAAACAGAGAGACUCAAUCUUCGCCGGGAAUUUCGUCAAUGGAGCCCGACGUGGUAGAGAUCCCUCCUCCCAUGUUCCCUUCGGCUUCUAGAACUCGAAAAGCCAGAAAGGCUGGAAUUCCUGAAGUGAUCGAUGUGGAACAAUAUGAGUUCCGCAAUGGUGUUGGAAAUAACAGUAGUAACCUUGUCGACAAGAAGAACAAAGGGAAGGCCAUACAAGACGGCUCUUUCUAUGAUCAUAACCCGUUUAGUCAUUUGGCUAAUGGAGAGACUGGUGUAGAAGUGGUUAUGUCUACUACUCAACCUUGGGGGUUUCCGAAUUCUAGAUCAAGAAGAAGCAGUUCUAGAUCUUUUUUUAAUCGUGAUACUCCUGCUAGCUCUUCUCGUCCUAGAGCACCUGUGGAGGUUGUUUCUUCAGCUCAGGCUAUCUUUCUGAGGGACUUUAAAAGGUUUGACACUGUUGAGAAUUUCUCAGAUCAUCACUAUGCUUCUAUGGGAAAUGCUUCAAAGCAGCACUCAAAGACUUGGGUGAAGAAGGUUCAAGCAGACUGGAAGAUUCUUGAGAAUGAUUUGCCAGAGACAAUAUCUGUGAGAGCAUGUGAAUCAAGAAUGGAUCUUAUGAGAGCUGUAAUUGUUGGAGCCGAGGGGACUCCUUACCAUGACGGUCUUUUCUUUUUCGAUAUUCACUUCCCUGAUACCUAUCCUUCAGUGCCUCCAAUGGUUCAUUACCAUUCUGGUGGGCUUAGAAUAAACCCGAAUCUGUACAAUUGUGGUAAGGUAUGCUUGAGUCUUCUUGGUACCUGGAAUGGUAACACUAGAGAGAAAUGGCUCCCACAGGAGUCCACAAUGUUACAGCUUCUCGUCUCAAUUCAAGCACUCAUCUUGAAUCAAAAGCCGUACUUCAACGAACCUGCCUACGGUGGAACCAAGGGGACUAAAUCAGGCGAGGCUCAUUCCAAAGUUUACAGUGAGAACGUGUUCAUAUUAUCGUUAAGGACGAUGGUUUACAGCAUGAGAAAACCACCCAAGCACUUUGAAGAGUUUGUUCGUAGCCAUUACUUUGAGCGGGCUCACGAUAUAGUGAAAGCUGCCAAUGCUUAUAUAGACGGAGCUCCACUUGGUUCCAUAGUUAAAGGUGGUGUCCAAGACAUUGAAGAAAGUAGUGAGGGCGGGUCCAUGAAGUUUAGGACCGAUGUGGCUGUCUUUAUGAAGACAGUUGUAGAAGAGUUGGUUAAGUUAGGAGUCAAGGAGCUUGAAGAUAAACUGAAACCACCACCAGUGGUUAAUGCUAACACAGAGAGUAACUGUAAGAGAAGCAUAUCAUCGAGGUGA